GUCUGUCAAGACUUCUGCCCUCACUAAACAUGUGAGUUGCCAUAAACACUUCAUCAACAGCUUAAGGGGCAACGCAAGUACAAGCUGGUGUCAUAAUAAGCCAAACAGUGAUGGCCCUAGGAGGUGAUCUCAUUUAACGGUCCAACAUCCUCUCCUUUAAAUACUUCCAGAGAACUCAUACCCAUGGACCCAAGAAACCAAACAAGUGCAUCUGAAUUCAUCCUCCUGGGACUUUCAGAAAAUCCAGACCAGGAAACGCUCCUGUACUCUCUGUUCCUCUGUAUGUACGUGGUCACAGUUGUGGGGAAUUUGCUGAUCAUUCUGGUCAUCAGUUCAGACUCGCACCUCCACACUCCUAUGUACUUCCUCCUGGCCAAUCUCUCCUUGGUUGAUUUCUGUCUGGCCACCAACACUGUCCCCAAGAUGCUGGUCAAUAUCCAAACCAGAAGCAAGUCCAUCUCGUAUGCUUGUUGCCUGACCCAGAUGUACUUCUUCCAUUUCUUUGGCAUCAUGGACAGCGUCUUAAUAGCUGUGAUGGCAUACGACAGGUUCGUGGCCAUUUGUCACCCAUUACACUACACCACCAUCAUGAGUCCACGGCUCUGUGGCCUGCUGGUCGGUGGCCCCUGGCUGUUCUCCUGUCUCAUCUCCCUCACCCACAUUCUCCUGAUGGACCGCCUGGUUUUCUGUGGCAACAAUGAGUUGCCGCACUACUUCUGUGACCUCACUCCACUUCUCCGACUGUCUUGCACUGACACAUUUGUGAACAGGGUCUUUGUCCUCAUUGUGGCAGGCAUGGUGAUAGCCACGCCCUUCAUCUGCAUCCUGGCCUCCUAUGCUCGCAUCAUCGUGGCCAUUAUAAAGGUCCCUUCUGCAGGUGGCAGGAAGAAAGCCUUUUCCACCUGCAGCUCCCACCUCUCCGUGGUGGCCCUCUUCUAUGGGACCACCAUUGGGGUCUAUCUCUGCCCCUCGUCUGUCCGUACGGCCGUGAAAGAGAAAGCGUCUGCUGUCAUGUACACGGCGGUCACCCCCAUGCUGAACCCCUUUAUCUACAGCCUGAGGAACAGAGACCUCAAGGGUGCCUUGAAGAAGCUGGUCAACAGAAAGGUCACUUCCUCUUCCUGAACUUCCAGGAGUAGAAUCUAAACAUCUGGGGUCUCAGGCUAAGUUUGGAGUGUGUGGGUUGGAAUAUCGGUCACUCUAAAUUUGGAAUUGCUGAAGUUUAAAAAGAAACUCUCAAGACGGUCUAUAGCUAUUUCUCCAGGUGCUAGACCCAAUAAGGACCCUUCUGAGGGUGGCUUCCCCUGUCGAGCACUGAAAGAUUGGACUUUUCCUGGUUCAGAAUCCAUUUGGCAUGGAACAAUUUUUUUUUUUUUUAAAAAGGUUUUUGCCAUAGGGGGUGCGUG